GUGAGAACAACACAGUUAUUGUGGAAAUUCCCAAGUCGUUGACCACCACCACCAGAACAUGGACAGGAGCUGAAAUCACGACGUUGACUGAGACUGGUCCAUCCACCGACACGAUUAUUGUCGAGGUUCCCACUCCAACUGAAACUGUGACGUCUGUAUGGACUGGAAGUUUCAC